AUGCCUCUGAAACGAUGGCAGGUUAAUUCCUGUACGUUCAACCGAACACAUUGCAGUAUUCACCAGGGGUUUGCUCUCGAUAUCCUCUUUUUGACAAGGUACAGGCUGGAAGACACAAAAAAGGGUUAUACAGCAAUGAAACGAAUUUUGCCAUUUCAUUCCUACAUGUUACAUGCGGCCACCUUGGACCGCCCUGUAGGGGGGAUGAUGAAUCGUUUUUCCGUGACUUCUGCCGCUUUUGCGGUUCGUGUGUGCAGCACGCAGCCGCCGUUCUCCACUAGAUGCACAGUAGAGGAGCUUCAGAAGUCCGCAGCCGAGUUUUUUGAAAGGGGUGAGUUUACGAAUGCGAUCAAACAGUGGGAAUCCGUGAUUGAAUCCAUGGACAAAGCUGAUAAUAAUAAUAAUAAUAAUCGGCAGUACGUUCUGAUGAGCUGUUUGAACAACUUGGCCUGUGCCUAUGGAGAAAUUGGGGACUAUGCCAGAAAACUCCAGUUGCUUGAACGCUCGCGGGAUAUGGUGGAGCGGGUCUAUGGGAGGGACCAUCCACAGUACGGCAUGGUUCUAUACAAUAUUGCCUCUGCUUACGAGGAGAUUGGUCGGUACCAAGAGAUGGAAGAUCUCCUUCUCAAAUCACUUGAAAUUCAUGAACGAAAAUUUCAUUCGAAACAUGCCAAAGUGGGGCGUGUCUUGUUGCUUCUUGCUGAAGCACAUGGCCAUUUGGGAAAACAUGGAGCCCAGCUUCAAGUAGCCGAGAGAGCCUUGGAGAUUGUGCGCCGCCAUUGUGGACCAGAGCACAUACAGACAACGAUUGCGUUGCUGACUUUCUCCAGAGCGCAUGGUGCAAAUGGCAACCAUGCUAAACGUCUACAAAUUGCCCAGCAGGCAUACGAUAUCCAAGAAAGGAAACUUGGCGCGUUGAACCCGCAAAUAGCUUUGACGCUUUUGGAAUUGGCAGAUGCCCAUGGAGCGAACAGGGAUUAUUUUCAUCAAAAAGAUCUUCUAGAGAAAGCCAUUGAGUUACAAAGGCGGGCAUUUGGCAGCCAACACACACAACUUGUUUCUACCUAUACAGCACUGGGUGAUGCUUAUGGCAACUUGGAUGACCGGAAGAACCAAUUUGCCUCUUAUCGAGAGGCUCUUGAUAUUGCACGACAACGCUACCGAGGGAAUCAUAUCGUCAUUGGUGCUGCCUCUAACAAAUGUGCGUGGGGGUACCUGCGCAUUGGAAAAGUGGAAGAGGCCAAGACUUUGGCAGAAGAGGCGCGUAGGAUUAUUGAGGGUAUGGUCUCUGAGAAACACCCUGCGGCAGUGGAACUUUGUGCUACGCUUCAAGAGUUGAAGCGCGUUACCGGUGGGACAGGAAAAAAUGUAUAA